AUGGAAGUUGCUAAUGUUCUUCACAUGACUGAAGGAAUUGGAGACUGUAGCUAUGCAAAAAAUUCUCUGUUUCAGCAAAAGGUGAUCCUCAUGACAAAGUCAAUAACAGACGAAGCUAUAUCUGCUUUGUACCGCAGCCUUUCAACAGGAGAAACCAUAUGUAUUGCGGAGUUAGGUUGUUCCUCUGGACCUAACACUUUCUUGCCAGUUUCCCAACUCAUUCAAACUAUUCGAGAAGAAUGUACAAGCAAUGGCCAACAAUUACCCGAAUUUCAUGUUUUCUUGAAUGAUCUUCCGGGCAAUGAUUUUAAUACCAUUUUUCGAUUGUUGCCAACAUUCCACGAAGAUUUGAAAAAACAGAACAUGAGAUCAGGAGAUGGAUUAUUAUUUGAUCCUCCAAAUUGCUUUGUUGCAGGAGUUGCUGGUUCAUUCUAUACUAGACUUUUUCCUUCCAAAAAACUACAUUUUGUCCACUCUUCUUACAGUCUUCACUGGCUUUCUCAGGUGCCUGAUGGAAUUGAGAAUAACAAAGGAACUAUUUAUGCAGCAAGUACAAGCCCAUCAAGCGUCCUCAAAGCAUAUUCCAAGCAAUAUGAAAGAGAUUUUGCUACUUUUCUCAAGUAUCGCUCGGAAGAAUUGGUGGAAGGUGGGCGUAUGGUAUUAACCAUGCCUGGUAGAGAAAAUGAGCAUCACUUAAGCAAUGUGUGUCGCUUUAUGUUGGAGCCUUUGGCCAUCGCGCUCAAAGACUUGGUUACAGAGGGAUUGAUAGAAGAAGAGAAAGUGAAUUCAUUCAACUUUCCGUUGUACUGUCCAUCUCCUGCAGAAAUUAAGUAUAUAGUUGAGAAGGAGGGAUCUUUCACCAUUGAUCUGUUGAAAACUUUAGAACAUCAAAUGGAUUUUAGUUGUGAAGGUUACAAUGAGGCACAGAGUGUAAGAGUUGUUGGUCAACCUUUACUUGUUAGGCAUUUUGGUGAUGAUGAUAAAUUGAUGGAUGUUGUGUUUAAUAAGUGUAGUGACAUUUAUGCCAAUAUUAUGGCCAAUGAGAAGAAUAUUUUCACAAAUGUCAUAGUAUCUUUGAUUAAAAGGAACGACUAG